UAUGUCCUCACAAAGAAGCGGCAGAGUUCACGGAGAGCAUUCAUAGAAUUUAGUUUCACACCACUAAGCAUGAGGUCGCCCUAUUUCCCAGCGAGGACGGUGCUUUUCCGUAAGGAGCCAAAUGGGGUGACGUACAGAGUCCCAGCUCUGCUCUUCCUGUCCCACUCCAGCUCCUUCCUGGCCUUCUGUGAGGAGAGACUCAGCCCGUCUGACUCUCAGGCUCACCUGCUGGUCAUGAGGAAGGGAACCUUCUACAGGAACUAUGUGGAGUGGGAGGACAUGCGUGUUCUGGGAACUGCCUUCCUGCCAGGUCACCGCUCCAUGAACCCAUGUCCGGUGUACGAUGAGUUCACAGGUACCCUCUUCCUGUUCUUCAUCGCUGUUCUUGGACACACCUCUGAGUCCUACCAGCUGGUGACGGGGAAGAAUGUGACUCGCCUCUGCUUCAUUUGCAGCACUGACGACGGAGAAACCUGGAGCCCUGUCACCGACCUCACUCAGAGGGUGAUAGGAGACACAAUCAAAGAAUGGGCCACCUUUGCCCUCGGCCCAGGCCACGGCAUCCAGCUGAAAUCAGGUCGCCUGCUGAUCCCUGCCUAUGCCUACCACAUCGACUGCAAAGAGUGUUUCGGUCAAUUCUGCCAGACCACCUCCCACGCCUUCUGCUUUCACAGCGACACCCACGGGCGAACAUGGCGGUUUGGUGAGGCGGUUCCCGGUCCGGAGAGUGUGGAGUGUCAGAUGGUAUCAGUGGAUGAAGAGGACGGGACUAAUGUGCUGUACUGUAAUGCUCGCAGCCCUCUGGGUUACAGGGUGCAGGCGCUCAGUCUGGAUGAUGGAGCUGCCUUUCAGGAGGGGCAGCUGGUGCAGCGACUGGUGGAGCCUCGGAAUGGUUGCCAUGGUAGCAUAGUGGGGUUUCCUGCCCCUUUACAUCUCUAUUUCCUCACCCCCACCUGGGUAGUUUACUCCCACCCAACAUGGACAACAGCUCGGAAGGACCUGGGUGUUUUCCUCAGCCUGUUCCCCCGAGAUCCAGACAGUUGGCGUGGCCCCUGGGUGAUUUAUGAGGGCCCCAGUGCCUACUCUGACCUCGCCUACUUGGAAUUACCACCCUCACCUGGUGCACCGCCUGCUGUGGCCUUCGCCUGCCUGUUUGAGUGCGGCAACAUCACGGCGUACGAUGAAGUCUGCUUCAGCAUCUUUACCCUCUACGAGCUCAUUGAUAAUCUGCCCCAGAAUGUGCAGCUGAGACAACAAAACAACAUAUGUAAAAGACAGCAGAAUGCAAAACCUGGGACAAGCUGUUCAGAGGGGAAUGAUGGUCCAGUGUCCAAUCAGGAGAGGAAGAGGAGAAAGAACAAGUUUACAAAGAUGUGCUCUGUGUCCUAA